GGGUAGGGGCAAGGGAGUAUACAUGACCACAAGUUCAGUUACAGUGGCAGGGUUGGAUGAGAGGUAUUUACAUUAUCAUAAGAACAGUUAAGAUGUCAGGGUUGGGUGAGGAGCUUGUCCUGGAAGUGAUCAGGGACAAUGGCAAACACAGGCAGCAAGUGGGAGACAUCAGCCUGGGCAGGCAGGACUUCAGACUUUCAGGCUCCAGGCUUGCAUAUGGAGACCUGACAGUAAGGAAAAAUUAAAACUAGCUGGUUGUUAACUUUAGCCAAGACAAAACCCCAGUUCAGCUACUGAAGAUGGCUCUCUACCAUCCUAGAAGCAGGAAAAAGAAACUCAACUUCCCUGUUGGAAGUGACUUCAAACUCCAUAAAGGAGUUACCUGCCUUUCAUUGUCAUGGAAGCAGGAAAACUUGUCUUCCUUGUUAGAAGCAAGUAAAACUCCAUAAAAAGGGAGUUGUACAGCAAAAUAAACUUUAGAUCUCAACUAAAUUUUGGGAGAUCAGGGAUUUGGUUGGAGAGAAUGCUCCCAGAUCCCAGCAAAUUUUCCUACUGAUUUGAGCCAUAAAGUUAGCUCAUGCUGGUACCAAGCACUUACAGGAGAUUUGUCAAGUAUCAGGAGCACCUCCACUCAGAAUCCCUCAGUGAUUAUCAAAAUGUGAACACCCAAAAUCUGAGACAGGUCUGUUAAUUUAGAAAAUUUAUUUUGCUAAAGUUGAAGAUGCGUGCCCAUGACAGCCUCAUGAGGGCUGAUGACGUGUUUGGUUUUAUACGUUUUAGGGAGACAUGAGACAUCAAUCAGCAUAUGUAAGAUGAACAUUGGUUCAAUCUGGAAAGGCAGGACAACUCCAAAUGGGGAGGGGACUUCCAGUUCAUAGGUAGAUAAGAGAUAAAUAAUUGCAUUCUUUUGAGUUUCUGAUUAGCCUCUUCAAAGGAGGCAAUCAAAUAUGCAUUUAUCUCCUGUAUAGAGGGGUGACUUUGAAUAUUAUUGGAGGCAGGUUUGCCCUAAGCAGUUCAACGCUUGACUUUUCCCUUUAGAUUAAGUGAUUUUGGGGGCCCAUGGUAAAAUUCCCUUUAGAUUAAGUGAUUUGGGGGCAUGUUUUGUUUUUCUACACUAUGUAGAAUAUAAGGAUAUAUACUGCCUUCAGAGUAACUAGUAGGUACUAGGUGGUACUAAACACUCCCAGAUAUAAGAGUCAGCAGCCUACACUGAGCAAUUUAAGGGUACAUGAAAGUCUGAUCAGCUUCAACAUGCCUUCUGCUUCCUCAGUGCCAUAAUCUGCUAUCUCCACCAUCAGACCCACUUCAUUAAAUUGCAUUUGCAGUUAAUUAUUCUAUUCAGAGCCCCUGCAUAAGACUAGGAGCUGCUGCAUAACAGCUAGGUGCUUAUGAUUAAUGCAACUAGCAACUAACUUGCUGUAAGUACUGAUUGAUUCUCAAACCUUGUAGAAAAGAUGACUUUUACUUUUUCCACGCUACCUCCUGAGGGCUCCAUACCAUGUUGUUCUGGAUUCCUGUCGUAACUUAAAGGGAAAUUUUCACAAUGUCCGGAGUCCUUAAUGUCCUGAAAAUGAAGGAGGAGGAUGUCCUUAAGUUCCUGGCAGCAGGAACCCAUUUAGGUGACACCAACCUUGACUUCCAGAUGGAACAGUAUAUCUAUAAAAGGAAAAGUGAUGGCAUCUACAUCAUAAAUCUGAAGAGGACCUGGGAGAAGCUUCUCCUGGCAGCUCGUGCCAUUGUUGCCAUUGAAAACCCUGCUGAUGUCUGUGUUAUGUCCUCCAGGAAUACUGGCCAGAGAGCCGUGCUGAAGUUUGCUGCUGCCAGUGGAGCCACUCCAAUUGCUGGCCGCUUUCCUCCUGGAAGCUUCACCAACCAGAUCCAGGCAGCCUUCCAGGAGCCAUGGCUGCUUGUGGUUACUGACCCAAGGGCUGACCACCAGCUUCUCACGGUGGCGUCUUAUGUUAACCUACCUACCAUUGCUCUGUGUAACACAGAUUCUCCUCUGCUCUAUGUGGACAUUGCCAUCCCAUGCAACAACAAGGGAGCUCACUCAGUGGGUUUGAUGUGGUGGAUGCUGGCUCGGGAAAUUUUGCACAUGUGUGGCACCAUUUCCUGGGAACACCCAUGGGAGGUCAUGCCUGAUCUUUACUUCUACAGAGAUCCUGAAGACAUUGAAAAAGAAGAGCAGGCUGCUGCUGAAAAGGCUGUGACCAAGGAGGAAUUUCAGGGUGAAUGGACUGCUCCAGCUCCUGAGUUCACUGCUACUCAGCCUGAGGUUGUCCACUGGUCUGAAGGCAUGCAGGUGCCCUCUGUGCCUAUCCAGCAGUUCCCUACUGAAGACUGGAGCCCCCAGCCUGCCACGGAAGACUGGUCUGCAGCUCCCAACGCUCAGGCCUCUUAAACAACAUAUAAGAUUCAUGGAAAAUAAACAUCGAGUUUCUAAAAAAAAUGAUGACUUUUAGAUGAGAUCUUGAAGGAUGAUUAGAGGUCAGAAAGUGAAGUACCCUGUGCAAUCAACAAAUGUAUGAAGUAGGCUAGAUACAAUACAAUAGGAGCCUAGCUGCUUUUGUUAACUGGGUAAUAGUAUAUACGUCAUUACUUGCUAUAGGCCCAAUGUAAUGGCCAAACAAAAUGUAUCUAAAGCCACAUAAAAAUCCUUGGCUACCAGCUUGAGAUCCCUGAUUUAAAUAGAUGGAGGAAGGAUGGUAAGUUAUUUCCAACUGAAGGAGUAAUAUGAAAAAAAAAAGUAAUCAUGACUUGCAUGUUACCUAAGAGAACUCUAUUGCCUUUGAAUAAUUUAUCACAGAGAUUGGCAAUAUUUCAGAAGUAUGGGUACAAGAAAUGACCUCUCUUCUUUCAAAGAGAUAGAGACUGGUAGAGUAAGAUCUCAUAACCUAGAGUGAGCAAAGGGCUUCUUUAUGGCUCAAGGUUCAGAAAUAUUUCCCAUAAAUAUUUCGCUGUUAAUACUAACAUAUUCUUCUUUAAAAUGCAGAUGUCAAUCAGAAAAAUUCAAAUCAGAUCACCUUGUAUAACUUAGCUGAGACUAACACCAAAGAGGGAAUAGAAAAUUACAUGGGGGAGGUUGGGGGGGAAAUUUAGAAUUUAGGGCUUGGGUGAAAGUCAGAAUUGUAGGUGGAAGUGAGUGCUCUGGCAAGCUGAAGGCAGCUGAAGAAGCCUGCAGGUAGUGGGGGUGGAUACUGCAGGAGGGGGGGAGGCAGUCUUUGCCUACUGUGUGGUUUUGCCUAGGGCAGCUAAUUGCUUGUGCCCAGAAAAUUGCCUCUGGAAGCCUUAGGCAAUAUGCAGUAGCUUUCCCCUGAUGCCUAGUUUAUCAAGUUAAGUUGAAAUUUGGUGGAGAGGAGGGGGAGAAGGAUGAGCUGAAAGAAUUCCUGAGCUGAAAGAAAUUUCAAAGGUCACCAACUUUUUCAACAAAGUAACUCCCAUGAUAAGAGAGGGAACUUGAAUCUCCAGGAAUCUGGGGACUUAGCCCAAAGUAACCCACCACAAAUGGGAAUAUCUUUGAAAUCUCUUGGUUUAUCUUAAAACUUUACAUAAAUUUUGUAUUGAUUCAAUAUAACAAUGUUUGUUUUAAUAUAAAAAGACUUUAAAUUACUACAUCCAACUCACCAAUCUCUAAAUAAAACUGUCUAAGUCCCUACCCAUAAUAUGUCAAAUGGCUUGGCCAAGACAUUUAGUUAGUAAGGGCCAAGACAGAAUAAGAAUUCAGGGCCUAGCACAGUGGCUCACACCUGUAAUCCCAGCACUUGGGAAGGCCAAGGUAGAUGGAUUACCUAAGGUCAGGAGUUUGAGACCAGCCUGGCCAACAUGGUAAAACCCCAUCUCUACUAAAAAUACAAAAAUUAGCCAGCCAUGAUGGUAGGUGCCUGUAAUCCCAGCUACUCCAGAGGCUGAGACAGAAGAAUUGCUUGAACCUGGAAGGCGGAGGUUGCAGUGAGCCAAGAUCCUGCUAUUAUACUCUUAACCUAGGUGACAGAGUGAGACUCCAUCUCAAAAAAAAAAAAAAAAAAAAAAAAGAAUUCGGGUCUCCUGACCACCAUGCCGUUAUCUCAGUUAUGUACCAAUGGUGAUGAACAACAGUGCAAGAUGGAGAGGACUGUGUUUGGGGAGAAGGGUAAAAAAGGGAAAGUGGAAGGGUCUUCAUAAUUUUCCUCUAGGAUUGACUCUUGUGUGAAGAAUAUAUAAAGUAAGGGAAGAGUUCUAACUAUAUGCCCACACUUUGUACUGGACACGUUAUCUUUAUUAUAUCUCUUAAUUUUCAUAGCAACUGUGGUAUAAGUUAUCACCAUGAUACAGUACAAGAUGAAUGAAUUCUGAGAUUAACAAUUUGCCUGUGGCUGCUCAGCUAGUAAGAGGUAGAGAUAGGAUUUGAAUCCAGAUGUGUCUGACAAGGCCACACUGCCUCUUUUCCACAGAUGUUAAUUAAACGUAUACUAUAUGCAAAGUACUAUGCUAGGUGCUUUAAGUGUAUAAAUUAAUAGCUGAUUAGGGAUAUAAGCAAGGAGGUUGGUGGUCUUGUUCUUGGAGUCUAUAGCCUAAAGGAGGAACUCCUUAAUUAACUUAGCUGUCUAUCUAAUGCCCCAAUCUGAUAAAGAAGUGAAUGAGAUCACUCACAACCACAAAAAUUAGAAGGCAUUUUCAGUUCUCAUAAAAGCUUUUGUAAAAAUCAGAGGAUACACCACACAUGGCCAAAGCCGUUUUUAUUAAUACUUUAUAGUUUUGCAUGGCAUAUGGAAAAAUGUUCUCAAACUGUCCUAAGAUAUUAAUAGAUUCAGCAAAACCAAAACCAAAAACCUAGUGUUAGCAAUAUUUUCUUCAAAGUGCAUUAAAAAUAUAAAUGUAAGAAAAAUACUAAGCACAUUUCUCUUGUUCUUAUUAUGUAAAAGUCUGUAUUUAAGGAAUGGUGGGCAACCUUAAGAGGAAAAGAAGUUGCAUAUGUUACCUGAAGACCAAAUGACUGGUGAUCAGUUUGUUAGUCAAUGCAGAGUCAGGUUUUACCAUUUUAUCAACUUAUUCUAAACUUUAAUGUAUGUCAACUAUUCAGUGAUGUUAAGACUUUCUCAUGCAUAUUUGUGAUAUAGAUAAAAAUUUUAAUUGUUUUAAGGUGGUUUCCUUGACACUAUUUUUACUGUUUACUUUAAUCUAAAUGCCUAUUAUAUUUCAUGGAUUCAUAUUGAUCUUUCAUCACUACUUUAUAAUGCGUUUUGAGGGCAAACAUUAUUGUGAAAUACUGAUCUAGAACUUGUUGCUGCCAAAUUGAUACCAGUAUUUGAUUGUCAGUUUCUCAAAAGAGAUACUAAUCUUUCUUAUUUGGUUUUCUAUGUUUUGAACUUUUGUUACAUGUUAGAUGGAUACGUAGUGUCCAAUGUAUGUAUAUCUACAAUGUUAACAGCACCUAGAUGGAAUGCACAUACAUGCGCUUUCUUACUUACUUGAUAACAAGAAAUAUUUAAUGAGAGUGGUUAAAGAAGUACAUUUUAUGUUACCUGUAUUUUGUUACAAUAAAAAAUGCAACAGGGUGACUGAUACUGGUACAUAAGAAAGAAUACAAAUUUAUAAAUUGCAAAACAUAAUAUUUUUGAUGUCAUAAUCAGAUAUGACAGUAAAUAAUAAUCAUAUUUUAUUAGUAUGAGGAAAAAAACAUAACCAGGAGCUACAUUUCCCAGAGGAUAUAAAUAAGAAAUAAACGAAUGAGAAUAUUUACAUAGAAUUAAGUAAAAAGAUAGACCACAAUUCUUUUUUUUUCUUUCUGAGAUAGGAUCUUGCUCUGUUGCCCAGGCUGGAGUGCAGUGGCAUGAUCUCAACUCACUGCAGCCUCUGCCUCCUGAGUUCAAGUGAUUCUUGUGCCUCAGCCUCCUGAGUAGUUGGGACUACAGGUGUGUGCCAACACGCCCAGCUAAUUUUUAUAUUUUUAGUAGAGACAGGGUUUCACCAUGUUGCCCAGGCUGGUCUUGAACUCCUGACCUCGAGUGAUCUGCUCACCUCGGCCUCCCAAAGUGCUGGGAUUACAGGCCUGAGCCUCCCAGCUUAGGCAACAAUUUUUAAACAGAAACUGGUCAUUGAUGUGUUCUUAGUACUUGGUAUAGUGUCUGACACAGAGUAGGUGUUCAAGGUAUAUUUUUUGAAUGAAUAAUAAGAUUAUUUCCACACUAGAGCUUUUUCCCUAGUUGCCCAUUUAACCAUUUACUUCCAAGAGCAAGUUACAUAACUUAUUCCCUUAGAAUAUGGUGAGGCUAAACGAGAGUGAUUAUAAAACUCUUGAUAAUGCCACGUUAAACUACCAUCAUUCUCGGCAAACUGACACAAGAACAGAAAACCAAACACCGCAUGUUCUCGCUCAUAAGUGGGUGUUUAAUAAUGAGAGCACGUGGACACAGGGAGGGAGACAUCACACACUGGGGCUUGUUGGAGGGUGGGAGGCUAGGGGAGGGAUAGAAGGGAGAUGGAAGAUAGGGGAGGGAUAGCAUUAGGAGAUAUACCCAAUGUAGAUGACGGAGUGAUGGAUGUAACAAACCACCAUGGCACGUGUAUGCGUAUGUAACAAACCUGCACAUUCUGCACAUGUAUCCCAGAACUUAAAGUAUAAUAAAACAGACAAACAAAAUGUUGUAUGUAAAAAAUAUAUCUGGGUAAAAAUACUUUUAGGAAGCUUUAUUUUAAAAAUCACUUAUGUACCUUUAUUAUCAUAUUUGAUUGAACCAUAUGAAAUCGCCAUUUUUUGGUAGGUCAAAAAUUAACAAUUUUAUUUGGUUUGGUCUUAGUUUAUAAAUUACUGGCUAGUGUGUGCCUUCAGUUUUUCAUGUUGGAAACAUUACAACUUGGAGAAAAUACACUUUAAUGUUCAUUAAAAGGAUUCUUUUUUGCUUCCAAGUGCCAGGAACUGAAAAGUGAUCUCAGAAAUCAGAACAAAUAUUAUAACACCUUCAUUAAAAUAUGUGAGCCUGACACCUUUAUUGCUAAAUUUUAUGCUUAAUCACAAAUCUCCUACCAGAGGCUGUGGAAUGACCAUCUGAAUGUAUUGUAAGAACUCUUAAUGGUCUUAAAUAUUGAUUACCUUAACACACAGCAGUCUCUUUCACUUCUGAUGUUUAAAUAAGCCUUCCCAAUUAUGGUUUAAAAAAAUGGUAAUAUCAUUUACUUUAUAAUUAGAGGUGUAAUAAUAAAGUAGAUUUAUAAUUUGUUUUUAAAAAUAUUGCUAGUAAUACUUACAAUCAUUUGGAGGGCCCCCAGAGGUAAUGACAAUGGGCAAAAUUUUACACAGGAAAUGGAACGCUUUGCUUCUGACAUCAUACGUGAUACCUUUAGCUAUUUGUGAACACUGCCACAUGAGAGACUUCAGGGACACAACCUUCAUAACUGAGAAGUAUAAGGCAGAGAAUUAGAGAGGUGCAGAAUAUCACCUUCUAGCUUGUAACCAAUGUGCCCUCUUUGUUUUCCCAGUCUCUGUUUAUCAAGGAAGGACUUAGACUGAAAUUACGCAAGAAUGGCCAGUUACCUAGUCUUGCUAGUAGACCAUUCCAGCAUUAUUGGGAGGAGUGAGUGGAUGAUACACUACAUUUUAGUCACUGUAAAGCCUUCCAGACAUUUUCUAUGCUUAUAUUUACCUAUACACUUUAAAAAAUAGUACCAUAUGGCACA